AUGGCCCGCGGGUCUCGGGGCAGCUGCUGUUCAGCCCAGCGGCGCUGGCGGAUACCCCCGGAGCUACGCUCUUCCCUCCCCAGCCCUCCGUCUCGGGACGGUCCACCUCCUGCCGCCUGCCCCCACCCCCACCCCAUCGCGCCCUUGAAGGCCAACAAGGAGUCAGGACGGCUGCUCGCUCCUGACGCCAGGGUCCUGGCCACACUGGGAGCCCGGGGGGGCCGGGGCCGGGGAAAGAGCUGCGCAGAGCUUCGGGACCAGGCUUUGGGCUGUGACGGGCCUGCUGGGGGUCCCAGCCCCACAGCCGAGGCGUGCAGCCACGGGGAAGCCACGUCUCCACGCGGAGCCUCUGCUUCCACGCUAGGGCCCGUGCUGGGAGCGUCCAGUAAAAGCAGCCUCUGUCCAGUGCUGGCGCCAGAGACCGACUCACCUGGAGGCAGAAACAUUUCGGAAGAUCCGUGUCAAAAGGCUUUUAUCAGUGAGGAGCAUCCGAGCAGCCCGGCCCGGGGCCCCGGCAGCAGCCCGGGAGGCCUCGGUCAGGAGGAGGGAGGCCUCGGUCAGGCCCCGGGAAGACCAAAUAGGCAGCAGCUGGAGAAUCCUGCCUGGUUACAGGUGAGCUUUGGGACUCCCCACCUGCGACAGAAAACCAGGGGCUCUAGAAGGUUCUCAAGCAUAGGCGCAACGGCCUUGUCAGCAGUGGGACCAGGUCGCCCUGUCCAGGGGCCCGGCCAGUACAGCUCGAGACCUAUGGGCCACCUGCCAGUAGCUGAAGAGGGGAAAUCGUCGACACUGGUCGAGGGACAGAGAUCAGAGGAUUUAACCCCAGCGCUCCUCCAGGCGCACCCGGUGGGGAGGUCCUCACAGCUCCUCGACCUCCUCACACCAUCCUCGACCUUCCCGAGCCCUACACGGGGUCCCAGGGAUGAAAUCAGAAGAUUUUGUGCCCGAGGAACCCCUGUUCGUCCUUCAGGGCCAGCCCAGAGGGGAAGCCUCCCAGCGCUCCCCCCGCCCCGCCCCCGGCUGCGCUUUGCCUGCGCUCCCGCCGCACUCUGAGCUCGUCCCCGUCCUGACCCAGCUCAGCCCACACGUGCUGUCUGCCGGCAGCCCCGUGAGAAUGUUCUGGACUUUCACUGUCCAGUAUGCCGGCCACGAGCCACACGUGACUUCGGAGAGCUCGGAACGCAGCUCGCACGAGCGGAGACGUGCUGCGAGUGUGAACGGUACCGCGUCUCUAGGACUUUGUGCCGAAAACCAAAUGAAGAAGAGCUCGUUAGUAACUUUUGUGUUGCUCACGUAUCGACGUCAUAACAGUUCCCCAUACUGGAUUAAAUAAAAGUAUAUUAUCAAAGGUCA